GGCCUGCAGGGGUUUGGGGGGGGGUGCCGCCCCCCCCCAGCCCCGUGUGACCCCCCCCCUGCUCGCAGAAGAGGCUGAAGGCAGCAGAGGCCGACAGCAAACUGAAGCAAGUCUACAUCCCCACCUACACCAAACCCAACCCCAACCAGAUCAUCUCGGUGGGCUCCAAACCCGGCGUGAACGGGGCCGGGUUCCAGAAGGGGCUGAGCUGCGAGAGCUGCCACACAUCCCAGUCCCCCCAGUGGUACGCCUGGGGCCCCCCCAACAUGCAGUGCCGCCUCUGUGCUUCCUGCUGGAUCUACUGGAAGAAAUACGGGGGGCUCAAGACCCCCACCCAGCUGGAGGGGGUGACCCGCAGCGCCUCGGAGCCCCACUCCCGGGGUCACCUGUCCCGGCCCGAGGCCCAGAGCCUGUCCCCGUACACCACGAGCCGGGCCAAGCUCCUGGCCAAGAACCGCCAGACGUUCCUGCUGCAGACCACGCGCCUCACCCGCCUGUCCCGGCGCCUCUGCCGCGACGUCCUGCAGCCCCGGCGGGCGGCACGGCGGCCCUACGCCCCCAUCAACGCCAACGCCAUCAAGGCCGAGU